AUGAGUAUGAAACGAAAAAUUCUGUUAUCGACCGUCGUUUUGGCGGUUGUGAUACUCUUCACAGAAGUGUUUGUUUUGAACGAUUACCUUCCCUCAAUUAAAAAGCAUCAUAAGAGACCGGCUCGACUGUCUAAGACUGAGGAACUAAUUCAUUUUAAGCCUGACGCGCGCCCUCGGACAAGAAACAAGCCGGUUUCAAGAAAGAAAAAUGCAACAGUGCUGAAUGGACCGAACGGGUUGAAAACCGAAAGUGUUACUCAGAACCAGAAUGAGGUUAACAUCAUACCGAAUCGGCUUUCUGGUAAAGUGAACGGGAUCGACAAUAGAAUAAUACGGACGAAACUUCAGGUUAAACCAGGAGGUGUAAAGACAGGUAAGCGUGUAUUAAUUUACACGCCGUUGUUUACAGAUAAGCCGUGGCAGGGCAUCAGUGAUACAUACAGAUUCACUCAUUAUAGAGGGGCGCCCUGUCCAGUAACUAACUGCUUGCUUACAUAUAGACACCGUUUGUUUCCCCGUAGCGAUGUUGUUAUUUUUCACGGCCAGGACAUGCCAGAUACGUUCGAGUUGGAAGAACUAAACAGGCGCCGCCCUAAAGGACAAAUUUGGAUCUAUUUUGUCCUGGAAAGUCCUUCUAAUGCAAGGGAUACCUACUUUUUUCGAGACAUGUUUAACUGGACAAUGACUUACGAGAGGAACGCAGAUAUCUUCCUACCCUACGGUUCGUAUGUUACCCUCAAACCAGGUGAAAAAUCUUCUUACGGGCAAAUUAACCCAGAUAAGAAGGACCGUCUUGUGGUUUGGACAGUAAGUAAUUGUGGUGAAUUGCGCGACUGGUUUGUCCGAGAACUGAAGAAUCACAUUCGUGUUGAUAUUUUUGGUUCUUGCGGUGAGAGCGUGUAUCAGCCUCAUUUGCAAGACGAGGAAUGUGAAAAAGACUCUCCGGAUUGUGAAAAUCUCCUUAAGCGCUACAAGUUUCAGUUGGCAUUUGAGAAUGGUAAUUGCGUCGAUUAUGUUACUGAAAAAUACUGGGGGGGACCCUUAGAACUGGGGAUUGUCCCUGUGGUUUUAGGAGGCGCAAAUUACUCGGAGAUGGCCAUUCCAGGAUCAUAUAUCAACGUUUUCGACUUCGAUUCCAGAAAGACGUUAGCCGACUAUCUUCUUUAUCUUGAUAAAAACGACACUGCUUAUAUGGAGUAUUUUGUUUGGCGGAAGCUGUACAAGGUCGACGGAUACCUAACCGGGGCUACUUUUAACAAACACUAUCCUUGGACGUGCGAUAUAUGCGCAAAAGCUCAGAAUCCAAAGCGUAAGAGUUACAAGAGGAUAAGUGAUUUCAGAGACCCUUCAACGCACUGUGGAUUACACGUAGACAAAUUAUAUGAGUUGAUGAGUCCUGGCGGUGACAAUGACUUCAGAUCCAUCGAAAACCGCAAUAGCGCUGCCACUGCGGAUAUCUCUCGGGAAGAUAGUCAAGAAGAUGAUGAAGGAGAAAAAGUAGACGAUGAAGAAGACAGCGCUUCGAAUAAGGAGAAGAAUGCAGAAGAAAAUUCAGAUAAGAUAAAAGAACAUAAAGAAGGGAACGAGGAAAGUAACACAGUUAUUAAACAAAGAAAAAAGUGA